CAGAUUUAAUUGGGAUAAUAAAUUUGUAAGUUUGAUAAAAGUUAAACUUUUGAUAUGGCAAUGUGGGGAUCCGAGAUGGAAGGAGUAGUUUGUGGAAGUGAAGAUGAACAAAGAUUUGAUGAAAUAAUUGGAAGUAUACAAGAUGUUCUUAUAAGUGAUGAAUUCCUCAAUUUACAACAAGAUUUUAUGGAUAAAUAUUACCAUGUAUUUGAAGAUACGGAAGAAAAUAAAUUUAUUUACACUGAUAUUUUCCAAGAAUAUAACUCUAUAUUUGAGAAAUACCUUGAAAUGAGACUCACCAAUAAACUACCCUGGUUUUCUAUGGAAAAGUUUGCUGCAUCUCUGACUGCCCAUAAGCAUGAAAUCUGUGAUGAAAUAUUUGAAACACUAACCAGUUUCACUGAUUUUAUGACAUUCAAAGAAAUGUUUGUGGAUUAUCGAGCUGAAAAAGAUGGAAGAAAUGAUGAUUUGAUGCAGGGUUUGGUUGUACAAUCACUUGUACCCACCACAAUCUCUGUUGCGCUUUCCUCAACGUAGUAAUUCAUUUGUUGCAAUUUAAUUUGUACAUUUAGGUUAACAGUUAAUUGAAAGUUUCUAAUUUUUUGCUUAAGCCAGGGUUUUGGUUUCUGCAAUUAGUAUGAAAUGUUUAAAUUAAAUUUAUAUGUUAAAUUUAGUAGUUGUUUCUCAGCGCUGCUAUAAAUGUGAAUUAUAUAUUUGUUUUUAAAUAUAUAUGACUUAAUUCCCAAGUACUGUUUUUCUAAAAUCCAAUGUAAUGUUACUUAAUAUGCAAAGUCUUUAGUCGGUACAUAAUACAUGUUGUAUAUUCUUGCUGGUUUGCAAUUAAAAUUCGUGAUAACUAUAAAAUAAAAAAAUACAUUCGGUUAAACUUUUUA